UUUUUUAAGAUUUCACUUAUUUUUAGAGAGAGGAGAAGGAAGGGAGAAAGAGGGAGAGAAACAUCAGUGCGCCUCUCGCUCGCCCUCUACUGGGGACCUGGUCUGCAACCCAGACAUGUGCCUCGGCUGACUGGGAAUUGAACUGGUGACCUGGAUGCUCCUAGGAGGGCACUCGGUCCACUGAGCCACACCAGCCACUGCCGCCCUUUUUUCCUAAUCAGGUGUCUGUCGUUCAGGAGUCGCAGGAGUUCUCUGCAUAUGAGAUGGUAGUCCCUUCUCAGACACAUGAUUUGAAAAUACUUUUCUUUCGUUUCUUUGGUGCCUUUUCAUGCUGAUUGUUUCUUUUGCCGCAUAGAAGUUUUUAAGUUGAUGUCACAUUUGUGUGUUUUUGCUCUGUUCCCUGUCCUUUUGGUGUCAGAUCCAAGACAUCUUGGCCCACUCUGAUGCCCUGAGUUCCCUUUAAGCCUUCUUCUAGUUUGGGGGGUUCCACAUCUUACAGUUAGCUCUCUAAUCUGCUUUGAAUUUUAUUUUAGUUUUUGAUUUUAGAGAGAGGAAGACAGAAACAUCAAUUUGUUGUUCUACUUAUUGAUGCAUUUAUUGGUUGAUCCUCGUAUGUGCCCUGACUGGGGAUCAAACCUGCAACCUUGGCAUCUGAGGAUGAUGCUCCAGCCAACUGAGCUGCCCAGCCAGGGUCGAGUUGUUUUUCAAAUGUGAUGUAAAAUAAGGGUCCAGAUUUCCAGCACUAUUUCGAGUUUUUUGUUUGAUUGUUUGUUGUUUGUUUUGGGGGGGAGGGAGAAAGCAGGAGAGACACAUGAAUGUGUGGUUGCCUCUCACAAGCCCCCCACUGGGGACCUGGCCCACAACCCAGGCAUGUGCCUUGACUGGGAAUCAAACUGGUAACACUUUGGUUCUUAGGCCUGGGCUCAGUCUGCUGAGCCACCAGCCAGGGCUCCAACCCGGUUCCUUGAGGAGACUACCUUUCCUGGCUUUCCGGCCCCUUUAGGGGCUCGCUGAGCAUGUGUGGGGCUGUUUCUGGGCCCUUCCUGCCCCAGCUGUGUGUGUCUCAGCACCUGCACCAUGGAGCUGUCUGAUUUGCUCUUUUUAAACUUUUUUCUGGGUGGUGAUGAUUUAUUAUUUUUGCUUAUUACUCCAUUUGUCUACUUUAAAUGCUUUAUUUUGUUAACUUUUUCCCUUAACAUUUAGUUCAUUAUUUCUUUCUUAGCAAAGCAUUUAAGUCUAAGCUUGCUCUCUAAUUUCCUAAUACUUUGCUUGGACACGAGGGGACUGUUUUAUCUUUUUCUGGCUAAUAUUCAGUAUUCUUUCUUUUUUUAAUCCCCACCCAAGGGUCUGCUUGUUGGUUUUUGACAGAGAGAGAAACAUUAAUCGGUUGCCUGCUCUGUGUGCCCUGACUGGGGGGUUGAACCAGCAGCCUUUUCUGGCGUGCUGGACAGUGCUCUAACCCACCGAGCCCCCGGCAGGUGCACUUAGUGCUCACACUUGAGGUCAAAGGGCGUGUCCUGUGAGAGCUGUGUUCUCCAGCCAUGUGGAGGGUUUCUUUGUUCUCCCACACACGGUCCGUUUGAGAACUGCCCCACAGGCUUUGGAGAGGCACGAUUGCUGUUUGUAGGGUACUGGAUUUGAAAUGCAUAGAUUAUAUGUGUUUAGAACUGAUUUUUGGUGGGCAUUGAUUCGUUGUGCUACCCGUUGAUGCGGUCACCGGUUGGUUCCUGUAUCUGCCUCGACGGCGGGUCGAACCUGCAAGCUUGGUGCGUGGUGACCACACUGCAGCUGAGCUGCCCAUCGGGGCUGGUUCCUGCACAGAGUGCACCACGCACGCACACUGUGGUGACAGCUCUUCCUAGAGACUCAGUCUUCCCCUGAGUCUGUCCAGCUUGCGGUCUGUGCCAGACCCACGCAGCAUCGUGGUCUGAAACUGGUCCCCAGCCCUUGCUGCUGUGCUCGUUCCUGCUGCAUUUGCCAGUGUCUGUCUGGCCUCCUGUAAGAGGCUCACUUUCUCUGCACCCGGCAGUGUCCAUCCCGCCCCCUUCACUGCUCAAGUGGCCACAGCUGUGUUCACAUUGCUGCCGCCCAUCAUCCUGGUGACCGUGCUUGUGAGGUUGGGCACAGCCUUUGGUGUUUGUGUUUCGGCCUCAAUUUUUAGUGCCUGCUGCAGAGCCUGCCCCUGAAUUUUGCUUUUCCGUCCAAGUUGAAUGGCAUCUCACUUGGCCCGUGUGGUCUGUGUUUGUGUUCGCCGCUUUCUCCUUGGCCUGCUCCUUUCCUUCCCAGCAGAACAGUCCCUGUUCCUCCCAGCACCACCCCCUUUCCUAGUGGGUUUGCCUUGAAAUUUUUACCAGUAUAUUUACUUCUUUUUACUUAUUUUUUGGGGUCCUCACCCAAGGGCAUUUUUUCAUUGCUUUUUUAGAAAGAGAGGAAGGUAGAAACAUCAGUGCCGGAGAGAAGCCUCAGUUGGUCGCCCCCAAAGGGGCAUCGUGUGCGUCCAGACCAGGGAUCAGACUUGUGACCCUUUGGUCACAGGACGAUGCUCCAGCCAACUAAGCCACACCAACCAAGGCACCAGGAUUUUUAAACUUAAGUCCACGUCCCACCCAAACUAGGAUGAAGUCCUUUAUGUUGCUUUUAAACCUCAGCUUUGAUGACCCGUGCCUAUACAUCCCACGCUUUGCCCACCUGCUGGAGUUUGGCGAGAAGAACCACGAGGUGUCCAUGACGGCCCUGAGGCUCCUGCAGAGGAUGAAGAGGGACUGGAUGCACACGGGCCGGCGCCCGUCGGGCCUCUGCGGGGCAGCACUUCUGGUGGCAGCCAGGAUGCACGACUUCCGAAGAACCAUCAAAGAGGUCAUCGGUGUGGUCAAAGUGUGCGAGUCCACACUGCGCAAGAGACUCACAGAAUUUGAAGACACGCCCACCAGCCAGCUGACCGUGGACGAGUUCAUGAAGAUCGACCUGGAGGAAGAGUGUGAUCCCCCGUCAUACACAGCUGGCCAGCGGAAGCUGCGGAUGAAGCAGCUCGAGCAGGUGCUGUCGAAGAAGCUGGAGGAAGUCGAAGGUGAAAUCUCCAGCUACCAGGAUGCAAUUGAAACUGAACUAGAAAACAGCCGGCCAAAGGCCAAGGGGGCCCUGGCCAGCCUGGCAAAAGACGGCUCCGUCGAGGACCCCGCAGCCAGCUUCUUCGGUGAGGAGGACGCCGCGGACGAGGAGCUGGAGGCCGCUGCCAGCCACCUGAACAAGGACUUCUACCAGGAGCUGCUCGGGGGGGACCCCAGGAGCUCGGAGGCAGCAGGCAGCCCCAGCGGGAGCGGCAGGCCCCCUGCCCUGGAGUCCCUCCUGGGGCCCCUGCCCACAGCAGCCAGCCUGGGCAUCUCAGACUCCAUCCGCGAGUGCAUCUCACACAGCGGGGAGCCCAAGGACACUUCGGGGGACGGCGAGCUGGACCUCAGCGGCAUCGACGACCUGGAGAUCGACAGGUACAUCCUGAACGAGGCAGAAGCCCGUGUGAAGGCCGAGCUGUGGAUGCGGGAGAACGCCGAGUACCUGCGGGAGCAGAGGGAGAAAGAAGCGCGGAUAGCAAAGGAGAAGGAGCUUGGCGUAUACAAGGAACAGAAGCCCAAGAAGUCCUGCAAACGCAGGGAGCCGAUCCAGGCCAGCACGGCCGGCGAGGCCAUCGAGAAGAUGCUGGAGCAGAAGAGGAUCUCCAGCAAGAUCAACUACAGUGUGCUCCGGGACCUGGACAGCAAGGGUGGGGGCGGCACGCAGAGGCCGGAUGCACGGCCCGAGGACAGGGCCAGGGCCAGCGCCAGGAAGCUGCCUCGGAGGAAGAAGCCGGCCAGCAGGAGUGGGGCUGACCCAGUGACCAGCGUGGGGAAAAGGUUGAGGCCGUUGGUGUCUGCACAGCCAGCUAAGAAGGCGGCCCUGGGAGAGACCCUGCCCCCAAGCACCCCCACCCCAGGAGCUGAGCCCGGGAGGCCCUCGGCAGUGGUGGUGGAGAGUGGGCCAGUGUCAUACCACCCCGACGAGGACGCGGAGGAGGAGGACCCAGACGAGGAGGACGGGGAGCCCUGCGUCAGCGCCCUGGAGAUGCUGUGCGGCAGCGAUUACGGCUGUGACGGUGACGAUGAUGAUGGCUACUAAGGCGUGACCCGGCAGUGGGCAGUGUCCUGGUGGUGGACCCUGCUGGUGUCUGAGAAAUCAGGCCGGGCCUUGGGCCCCCAGGGGUGAGCACGGAGACCCCUGUGACGAGAGGUGCUGCCCGGCCUGCUGCUCAGCCUCUGCCUCACGGCCUCGUGGCCUCGAGUGGGGUCCGGGGCACAGCGCUCUUCUGAAUGGUGUGAGGCGAGUUUCUGUCCAGAACAGGGGACUGGACCGCUGCCCACGUGUGACUGAUCAGACACAGGUCUCAUAGCCCAAGAGCCCUCUACAGGCGUGACUGUGGGGUUUCCGUAAGGAAACUGAGGCACAGGGAGGCCAGCUCCUGUCCCAGUGAGUGGGGCCUCGGGGGCUCCGGGACCCUGCUCUCUGCCCUUCAUGGGGCUGGGUGCCCUGCACUUGCCACCUGUAGUCACUGAGAAGCACUGUGUCUACUCGUCCCUCUGUGGGUCCAGGGCUGGUCCUGGACCUCUAGUUGCGGGGUCCAGCCAGACCCUGGCCUCCCUCCCACCACUUCUGCGCUGGGACCAGGCGGAGGGGGCUACUCCCCACCCUUGAGCCCGGAGGGCCUGAGCCAGGAGAGCAGUGGCCGCCUGUGUCUGCACCGGCGUCUGGCCCCGCACCCCAGAGGGGAGGCGGGCAGGUUCCUGAGCUGGGCCGUCCUGCUCCAGAGGGCUCCUGCUGCCCAGUACCGCCCAGGGGCCAGGCCUCAGGCCUCAGCACGGGGAGGCCCAGAGACCACUGCCCGGGUUGGCACUGCUCUGGACAUGUCUUCAAGGGCUGGGCUUCGGCCUUUUCCUGCUGCCUCAGAAGAGGGUGGCCUCAGGGGCAGGCCACCCUACACUGCCUCUCUGGGCUAGCACUUGGUCCCUUGGGGUGGGCUGGGCCUCCUCCCAGAGACUUGGAGUCUGAGGUCAGGACGUGGAGGCCAUGUGUCUGCGGCCCUCUGGGGCCGGCCGGCACCCUGGGCCACCUGGGAGGUGGAUGGGGGCUGGGUUCUAAGCACAGGAAGAUGUUACUUGAGCAGAAACCCACUGAGGCUGUGGUCUGGUGAUUCUGUGUGUGGCUUUGUGGCCUGCCCUAGAGGGACACAGCCCCAGGGAGGCUGCAGGGGCAGGCGGGGCCGGAAGACUACUUGUGGGGGGCAGCGUGGCCGUGCGUGUGUGGCUGAGGUAGGCGUACAGCCCCUCAGAGGAGGGGCUGGUGGGGAAGAGCUAUGCCCUGGGAGGGGGGCGAGGAGGACCUGACACAGGGUCCUCAAGCAGUGGGGUCAACGCCACACGGACAUGCAGGCAGCGAGUGAUGGGGAGGCCAGCGGCUAGACAGUGCCCGUGUGCAGGUCACUGCCGCCAUGCCUGUUGGCCCAAGGGGAACUCGUGCCCUCCACCCACACUGGCAUUACCCUCCCCAGCACUCACAUAUCCAGAUGCCCAAAGGUCAGGUCCCUCCAGCUGCUGGCCCAGAAGUGGCCCAGGGCUGACGCCUCGGGGCUGUCACUGGAGGGGCUGUGGCUGCUGCUCCAAGCCUCUCCCCCAGGGGCUGGCACAGGACCGUCCCCUAUCUCCAGUCCUGGGGCCUCCCUGUCAUGCGCUGAGCAGAGCCUCUGCUCUGACUUCUCAGAGGUCAAGGUCAGCACAGGUGCUGGGGGAAAUUCAUGGGCUCCUCUGUGGCUCAGCUGAGGCCAAAGGCAAAGGGGCUUGAGUGACAGCUCAAGGUCACCCAGCUGGGCCCACAUACCUGACAGCCUCUGUCACCUGCAGCCCCAUGGUGGGUUCUGGAUGAGCCAGGCCUGCAAACAAACCGCAGGGCCAAUGGCCAUCCCACACUCCCAGGAGCACCCAAGGGCCUCCAACAGCAAAACCACUGAGGCCUGUGCCCCUCGGAGUUCUGCCCACCUGCCAUCACAGGUUCCAGGCCACACCACCUCUCCGUCCAGGCUGCCCAGGACCUGUGCACCCUGGAGACUGAGGCACUGGCACAGCAGCCUGUCUCUCCUCUAGGUGCCUCCCCGCCCGCCCCCCCCAUUGCUCUCUGGUGCUAUUGGGUAAGUGAAGGCUGGGUGAGGCCAGGUCUGACCUGGGGGCUGCUUUAUGGGGAAGAGCCUGGUUCAGGACAGGCUGCCUGGGCCCAGCAGGGGUGUGGAGCAGGGCAGCCAUCCUGCGGGCUGCUGCAGCACAGAGGGGCCCUGGGGUCACAGUGGGACAAACUCAGGGACUCAUACUGUGGUUGUGGGCCUACAGCGGGGAUGGGCUACCCAGGGAUCAGCUCCUGAGGGUCCCUUGUGGCAACUGGACCACAUUGCCUGUGUUGUGGGAGAGCUGGUGGACAGCUCCACUCUGUCCCACCUGUGGCCACUUGGCUGCCCCUGGGGGCCACCUCCGUCCAGUGUUGACUCCUCUGUCCAGUCUGGUUCUCACCAGUCUUCCUGUCUCUAGGCCCCAACUGGGGUCCCCUGCCCCCAGGAACACUCCUUUCUCUGAACAAUAAAAAGCACAAACCACAGAA